AUGUAUUACAAAGUCUGGCCAGGCAGCUAAUAAAAAAAAAAAAUACGUAUUCUCGGAAAUUUUAAAGUUCUUGCGACCAACAAUGGAAAAUAGAAAAACAGAAGGAAAUUUUAACCACGAAAGUGACGAAGAGGAGACUGAGGACGAACAAGGCAAAGACAAUUUGCAAACAGUGGAGGAGGAUUUAAUUGAAGGGAAUUGUGUCAAUGAUGAAAUCACUAAUUCAAAUCCUGUUUUGGAAACAUCCAUGACAUCUACAACAGUAAACAAAAAUGUAAAACCUAUGCCGAAACGUACGAAACCAUCAAAAAAAAUUAACUUUGAGGAUGAGUUACUAAAGUCUCUUAGGAGUGAAAAUGAAGCCACUGACCCAGACAAAUUAUUUCUAAUGUCCCUUUUGCCUCAAAUGAAAUCUAUCAGUGAGGAUAAAAAGCCAAUGCUCUACAUUGAAUUAAUAAAUGCUAUACAAAGGGUAAAAAAUCCUACUCUUGAUAAUACAUCAAUGUAUCGUCAAGUAUAUAAUCAGAGCUAUUUUCCACUCGGAGGAUAUUCGCAGACAGUAUCUGGACCAACAAUGUACUCUUAACCUGCAGUAAUACAUUCUAGUCUUCCUACUUAUAAUCAUGAGUCACUGCAGCCAUCUUUUUCAGAUAGUUCUAUUAAUUUACAUUAAGUAGGUAUAACUAAAUGUAUCAGAAGUUUUAUAAUUUACAACAUAUUUCACAGGAC